UAAACAACUACAUGCGCUCUCUCUCUUAAAAAGAAAUCUGAAAAUCCCAGCAGCAGCUGCAGCGGAGCCUCCUCUCUAUCUCUCUCUCCAGAAUUAAAAACAGAACAAAAUCAUAAUUAUUUAUUUAAAAAGAGUAAAUAAAUUUUAAAAAAUUAGCUUCUUUGCUUUGGUGUCUGCUUAGGUGAGCUGAGCUACAUCAAAUCAAAAGCUGCGCUGCUCUGCCAUGAUGGGCUCAAUCUCAAUCCCUAUCCCCAUAACUUUCCCCAAUUACUCUCCUCUUUCUUCUUCUGCAACUCCCAGCUCUUCCCUUCUUCCGCUUCGUCGAUCCCCUCUCCUCGCUCUCUCCAAACGACGCCGUUGCCUCCAGUUCCGGCCUCUGGUUCUCGCCUCCUCAGCCGCCGGCGUCGCCGCCAAUUCCCUCCCCAGAAAUGGGACCUACACCGUCGGCGAUUUCAUGACCACCAAGGAGUGUUUGCACGUCGUCAAGCCCACCACGACCGUCGACCAAGCAUUGGAUGCUCUUGUGGAGAAGAGAAUUACCGGUUUUCCUGUGAUUGAUGAUGACUGGAAACUCGUUGGUGUUGUUUCAGAUUAUGACUUGUUAGCGUUAGACUCCAUAUCAGGAAACAUAAAAGGUGGUCAAAGUGACACAAACUUGUUUCCAGAUGUUGAUAGUUCUUGGAAAACAUUCAACAAGAUACAGAAACUGCUUAGCAAGAACAACGGCAAAGUUGUUGGUGACGUGAUGACACCUGCUCCGCUUGUUGUUCGUGAAACCACCAACCUAGAAGAUGCUGCUAGGUUGUUGCUUGAAACAAAAUAUCGCCGACUGCCAGUUGUAGACAGUGAGGGCAAACUGGUUGGGAUUAUUACGAGGGGAAACGUUGUUAAAGCUGCCCUACAGAUAAAACGUGCUGGUGAAAAAUGAGUUUAGUUCAGGGGAACAUCGGCGGAGCUCAUAGGCAUGCAUAAUGAGCUAAGUCUCAUUGAUAUCAUAAUUAUUUCUGCAAGGCGUAGGCCACACAGCUUGUCAUUGCAGGUAUUAAGAGGCCACUUAAACUUCAUCAUUGCUGUCCUUAAUAGUAUAGAUUGCCUUAUAAUAGGGUUGCACUUGUAUUUAGGCUUGUAAAAUUAUCAACAUUUUCUAGGAUCAGAUCUGUGACUUGCAGUUGUCCUGAGCCAAAUUUUUGUAUUAUAAAGACCAUUAUAACCUCAAAACCAAUGAUUAUUUCGUUUAUAGUUUAUGAG